GUCUGGAAGGAAGAAACACCAGAAGCUCUGACUUGGGCAGACCUCAGGGAAGAUGCAGCCUCUCCUGCUCCUGUUGGCCUUUCUUCUUCCCCGUGGGGCUGAGACAGAGGAGAUCAUCGGGGGACACGAGGCCAAGCCCCACUCCCGCCCUUACAUGGCCUACAUUCAGUUUCUGCAAAAUGGGCAUAAGAACAGAUGCGGUGGUGUCCUCGUGCGGAAGAAUUUUGUUCUGACAGCUGCUCACUGCAGUGGAAGCUCAAUCAAUGUCACCCUGGGGGCCCAUAACAUCAAGAAGCAGGAGAAGACCCAGCAAGUCUUCCGUGUGGUGAAAGCCAUCCCCCACCCAGACUAUAAUCCUAAGAACUUCGCCAAUGACAUCAUGUUACUGCAGCUGAAGAGAAAUAUCAAGCUGACGAAAGCUGUGAAGCCCCUCCGCCUGCCCAAGGGUGAGGACCAGGUGAGGCCUGGACAGAAAUGCAGUGUGGCCGGCUGGGGGCAAGUCGCCAUGGGCACCUUAGCAACCACUCUACAGGAGGUGGAGCUGACCAUUCAGAAGGAUCGAGAAUGCAAAUCCUGCUUCCCCCACUACUACAGCAAGGACAGCCAGAUCUGCGUAGGAGACCCGAAGAAGAAGAAGACUGGCUUCAAGGGGGACUCUGGGGGGCCCCUCAUGUGUAACAACACAGUCCAGGGUAUUUUCUCCUAUGCAAAAAUGGACAAGGAACCUCCAGGAGUCUUCAUGAAUGUCUCACACUUCCUCACCUGGAUAAAGAGAACAAUGAAGCGCCCCUAACAUCAGGCAUAAGACUGACCUUCUACUUGGUCUGACCAUCUUUCCUGGGGCAAAGGCAAGAAUUCCAUGGGGGCGGGCAGUGAGGAGUACAGGGCCAUAAUAAACAAAUCUCC